ACUCUCCAUGCACCGAGUGCCUCACCACUGCUGACUGACUGGACACGUUGUAGGAGCCGGGACCACUGCUGACAGGCGAGAAGCCGGGAUUUCCUCAGACCAGGGCUGGCGAUGAGAAGGAGCCGUGCAGCCAGCGCCUGAGCUCCGUCCGCAGUUAGGUUGGAAUUAUAUAUAGCAGUAACAUCCAACCAGCAUGGCAUCUGUGGCACUCCAGGUUAUGAUUGGGUUAACUGCGUACAUCAGUUGUAUCUCAGGAUCUUCACCUCCGCAGGCAAGAGUGACUUUGACAUUCGAUGAGCUUCAACAGACAAAGACGUCAGAGUUUUACAGUAUAUCCCAGGGCCCCCUGGACUACAGGAUUUUGCUAAUGGAUGAAGAUCAGGAUCGAAUCUAUGUCGGCAGCAAAGAUCAUAUUCUGUCUCUCAACAAUAACAACAUUAGUCACAAUCCUCUGAGUGUUUUCUGGCCGGCUUCUACAAACAAAGUUGAAGAGUGCAAGAUGGCUGGCAAAGAUCCCACACAUGGCUGCGGAAAUUUUGUACGUGUAAUUCAAAGCUUCAAUCGAACUCAUUUGUACAUUUGUGGAAGUGGAGCCUUCAGUCCUAUUUGCACAUAUGUCAACCGAGGGCGCAGGUCUGAGGACCAUCUAUUUUUAAUUGAUUCCAAGAAUGAAUCUGGGAAAGGGCGCUGUUCUUUUAACCCCAAAGUGAACACUGUUUCUGUUAUGAUCAAUGAAGAGCUCUUUUCGGGAAUGUAUAUUGAUUUCAUGGGCACCGAUUCUGCCAUUUUUCGCAGUCUUACAAAACGAAAUCCAGUGAGAACGGAUCAGCACAACUCCAAGUGGUUAAGUGAGCCAAUUUUUGUGGAUGCCCAGAUCCUGCCAGAUGGAACAGAUCCAAACGAUGCAAAAGUUUAUUUCUUUCUCAAAGAAAGGUUGACUGACAACACUGGCAGCACAAAGCAAAUCCAUUCCAUGAUAGCAAGAGUUUGCCCAAAUGAUAUUGGUGGACAAAGAAGUCUUGUUAACAAGUGGACAACAUUUUUAAAGGCACGACUUGUGUGCUCAGUGAUGGAUGAUGAUGGGACCGAGACUCAUUUUGAUGAGUUAGAGGAUGUUUUUCUCAUGGAAGCAGACAAUCCUCGAUCUACUCUUGUCUAUGGAAUUUUCACAACUUCAAGCUCAGUCUUUAAGGGGUCUGCAGUAUGUGUUUAUCACAUGUCUGAUAUUCAGACAGUUUUUAAUGGCCCAUUUGCACACAGAGAAGGUCCAAACCACCAGCUGAUUCCUUACCAGGGUAGAAUUCCCUAUCCAAGGCCUGGGACGUGCCCAGGGGGUGCUUUUACUCCAAAUGUGCUCACAACUAAGGAAUUCCCGGAUGAUGUUGUUACCUUCAUAAGAAACCAUCCACUUAUGUUCAACUCAAUUUAUCCAGUGCAUAAGAGACCUCUUUUAAUAAGAACAGGCACCGACUACAAGUAUACAAAAAUAGUGGUGGACAGGGUAAAUGCAGCAGAUGGGAAGUAUCACAUCUUGUUUCUCGGGACAGACAAGGGAACAGUACAGAAAGUGGUUGUUCUUCCCGGUAACAGCUCCUUUAGUGGAGAGCUCAUUUUAGAAGAACUGGAAGUUUUUAAGAGUCAUGCUCCUAUUAAGUCAAUGAAGAUUUCUUCAAAAAAGCAACAAUUGUAUGUUAGCUCUGAAGAAGGUGUCACUCAGCUCUCUUUACACCGAUGUCAUAUUUAUGGGCCUGCAUGUGCAGACUGCUGCCUGGCCAGGGACCCUUAUUGUGCCUGGGAUGGAAACUUCUGUUCUAAGUUUUACCCUUCUGGGAAAAGAAGAAGCAGAAGACAAGACAUAAAACAUGGAAAUCCAGUUACCCAGUGCCGUGGAUUUAAUCUGAAAGAGUAUAGGAACACUGAAGAGAUUAUUCAGUACGGAGUCAGAAAUAACACAACUUUCUUGGAGUGCAUUGCAAAAUCUCCACAGUCCUCUGUCAAAUGGCUCCUGCAGAAAGAUAAUGAUCGAAGGAAAGAGGUGAAGCUGAAUGAAAGGAUCAUUUCUACUGGUCAAGGGCUGCUUAUCCGAUCUGUUCAGGACAUUGACGAAGGAUUGUAUCACUGUAUAGCCACAGAGAAUUCAUUUAAGCAAACCAUAGCAAAAAUCAAUUUGAAAAUCUUAGACCCAGAGCUUGUAACUUUCAUGACUGACAAAGCUCAGUGGAUCUGGGCCAGCACAUUGAGUGGACUACCGUUUCACCCCAAGGACCUCACUGGAUCAUUCAGUCACUCCGAGAUGCAGAUAAUUAACCAAUACUGCAAAGAUAGUAGGCAGAAGAAAAACCCAGUCCCAGAAAUCCCCAAGCACAAAGGGGAAUAUAGCAAGCUAAAACUCCUUAUGAAUACCAGGAAAAGCAGGAACCGGAGAAAUCAAUUGCCUGGGUCUUAAGGAUUUGCUGCUCUUCUAAUCACCGUUAUGAGUAGUGUUACAAACCACCUAGCUGCAAACAGAAUGACACAAAAAUUAUAAAAACCCAAUUGGCUUAUUUAAGGAUUUGCUGCUCUUCUAAUCACAGUUAUGAGUAGUGUUACAAACCACCUAGCUGCAAACUGAAUAUUAUUUUUUUUUUUAAACCCAACUUGCUUAUUUAACAAUAACAUCAAGUCAACCUAUGAUAUGGAAGUCCUUCUUUUAUAACAGCAGCUAAAUGCCCAAGCAGUUUAGCAUGUUUCACCAAUGUCAAAUCGUUGGUGGAACAUGCCACAUAGCCUUGUUUUUUUCUCUUUAUGUGUUAGCAUAAAUUUGCUAUUAUUAAACCUUAUUUAUUAGAUUUUUUUAUUCAGAUUGUAAUUAAUUGCAACAAACACUGUUGGUCCAGAGUCUAUUUAUACUUCUGACUGUAGAAAUGUAGAACCUUCUAAAUGUAAUGGAGUGCUCCAAGAACGUGUCUUAAUACAUUAUGUUACAGAGGACCUAUAACUCCACAGUACUUUUAGCAACGUACUAUCAUGCAAUAAAUUGUUGGUAAGAUAAAGCAAUGAAAUGUUUUAUGUCCAUGUUGUAUGUAUUUUGAUACAUAUACAUUGUUAAUUGGGAUAAUUUAACAAUGCUGUAACCCAUAUCAGUGUAUGAAUCAGAAGGAAAUAGGAAAGUAAUAUAAAUCAUGGUUGGGAAAGAAAGAAGAUGGUAUGAGAGAGAGAGAGAGGAAAGGGGUGAGGGCUAAUGUUAGAAGAUUCUGAUAGGUCUCCAUUUAAAAGGAAUUGUGAACGUCUGUAUUAAAACAAUUAUUUUGGGAUUAAAAAGGGAAAUUUGACCUGUACAAAACAUUCUAAAUGUUUAAAGAGGUUUCACAGAUCCUGUUUUUUUUUGUUUUGUUUUUUUAUUAUUUCUAUUCAAGGGGCAGGAGCCCAGUCUGCUGUGCACUUGUCUAAGCUGUAGAAAUCAAAUUUAAUUAUUUUAUUUUAGUACAUUGUUUAAAUCAAACAGCAAAUCAGUAGGUAAAGUGUAAAGAGGAUUAGUCUAUGUGAAAAUCCAAAUUUGUUAUUUUUGUAUUUUAAUUUUUUUAACACAUAUUUAAAACUGUACAUUGGAACUUAGUUAUUGUAACUUAAAAAUAAACAUGUUACAUUUUAAUUUGGCUUACAGAGUACAAUUGUAAGGUAACUUACUUAGAUAUGAACAUUAUCUCUGUUCAAGUUAAGUUUUCCAUUCAUAUGACGAUAUUUGGUUUAUCUGUUAAUUCUGUAUUCUCAAAUACGGAGUUGAUAGAUUUUCCCAUUUUAGUGAAAGAUUUGUUAUGGUUAUAUUCAUCCCAUAGUAGUCAAUAGAGCAUAAGCAUACAAAGUAUAUAAAGCAGUCUAUCUACAAGGUAUAUUAUAGCUUUGUAUAACCAUGUUUGUAUCUGUAAUAUGGGAGAAAAUAAGGCUUAAUAUACAGGCAAUAUGGAUAAUUAGACAAUAAAACAACAUGGUGGCUAAGAAUAAUACUGACAUAAUGCAGAGCUAAAUACAGAUUAAAUUAUCCAUAUUUAAUGGCAAUAUUGGCUUCUUAUUUACAAUAUAUUUCUGUAUAGUCAUAUGAAUGAGUCACAGUUAAGUACCUAUUCUUUCGGACGAUGAUCCUAUUAUUAAAGGCUUUUCUGCGGAAAAAAAACCUGAUUAUAUAGCCUCAAAGUGAUUGCCAUAAAUUUACCUGCACCCCCAACAAAGUGUGCACUUGGCAGCGGAAGAUGCAGCAUCAGAUUGGUUAGUUUAGUGCUGAAGGAACCUUGCAACACUCAAAACCACUCCUGCAGUGACCAACCAUGAACAGUAGAACUUCACAGUGGCACCUGAACAGUGGAGGUCCUGGGGGUUGGAAGC